CGAGAUUAAAAGAGAGAAAGAGAGAGAGAGAGAGAGAGAAAUAGAGAGCGAGAGAGGGAAAGAGAGAGCGAGAGAGAAAGAGAGUAGGAAAGGGCGAGAGCGUUCGACAAAGAAAGGUGAAACAGUCUCACCGUUACCCUCCUAUUGUCGUUCAUCUGCUUCAUAUUCCACGGCCCAGUUGCUCGUGCGCAGAGGACUCAUCGUUCAGACAAGCUUGGGUGGUGUUUUUAAGCCUAGAGCUUCACUUCACUACGUCCUCCGCUCUGUCAUCGGGAUCGGCGCGUGUGCGUUUUUUUUUUGUUUUUUUUGGUGUGUGUAUUCGCUCUAGAGUAGCCGCACGCGGACGUACUCUACGCCAGAGGUUUCGCACGCGCGCACAAACACACACGGUGACGCGGGCUCAGUUCGGUUCGGUGCGUUUUGCUGCUUCGAGACCAAAUCGCGUGACGGCAUGUCGGUGUACGCCAACGUGUCACUGCUAGGUCCCGCUGGAUGCUAGCGCGUUUCGUGCCAGUACGCUCCAGCGGCUGUCGGUUUGUGCAAGUGCGUAAAGCGGGCGUAAAGCGGUUCGCAGAUCGUGCGUUUCGUCGAGCGUUAAAUCAAUCGCUACAAUCAAUAGUUUCCACUGGCAAGCAAAACAAAAAAAAAGAAGGGUCCAAGGACCGACGACAGCAGGAAAGACGCGUCAAACCGAGCAACAGCAUCAGCGAGGGCGUUGUCAUUUUGGCAUUCGCGUCACACGUGUAAAGCUACACACUCUACGCCAUGUCGCGUUACUCAAGAGACGAUCCGCGGUCAAUUUUCUUCAGCAGCAGCAGCUCGACCCCGCUGCGCAGUUACGCCGGCUCGGACCUGCUCAAGCGCACCGCGGCCGGGGCGCCGAGCUCGCCAAACCCAUCGACCAGUCCCACGCCAUCCACCUCCUCCGCCACACCUCCUGGCGGGGAGCCCAGCGGCAAGCCCGAGCCCGUCGUUCGCAUCAUCCCGAUCCUGUACCCGGCCCAACCGGCGCGGCUGAUCGGAGGCACCAGCAGCUACGGAAACGCUGCCCGGCCCAGCCCACCGGAUGGCCCGGACGGUGAAGCGGACGCACCAGUGAAGCGCAGCGACGCUCCGACACCGUCACAACCACCACCGGCAGCAGCAGCAGCACCAGCCGCUUCCACCGCCACAACCGGUAUACUGAAAUCGCCAGCCGCGGGCCAAGCACCGUCCGGCGGCACCGGGACACCGUCGCGUGUCUCCUUUUCUGCUCGACCGACCACCAACAGCAAGCCAACGAUGGCCGGUCCGAGCGGCACCGGGAAUGGCGUGCACGGCCGAACGCUGCCCCUGGCCAAGACGUCCCGAUCGGGCGGGGUGGAGCCGCCGCUUGCCGCGCCACCCGUCGCCGAGUCGACGGCGAGCGGCCCGCUGCACCAGGCGGACCCGACGGCCGGGACAGGCGGGUCUGCCUGUCGCAUGCAGCUCGCGCUGUACGGCUGGCGCAAGAAGUGUCUGUACGCGCUCAUCUUCGUCCUGAUGGUGAUGAUCAUCGUGAACCUGGCGCUGACGCUGUGGAUCAUGAAGGUGAUGGAGUUUUCCUCGAACGGUAUGGGCCAGCUGAAGAUUGUGCCCGGUGGCAUUCAGCUUACAGGACAGGCGCUGGUGCUGAACACGCUGCGGGCAUCUUCGAUCCGCUCGAAACACGGACAACCCAUCUCGGUCGAAUCAUCGCGCAAUCUGAGCAUCAACACACGGAACGCGUACGGUGCGGUCGAGAACCAGCUGUUUCUCGGCCACGACCGGCUCGAGGUGCUGGCGAACCACUUCCGCAUCACGGACACGCACGGCACCAACCUGUUCGCGGUCGACCGGGACGAGGUGAUCGUGGGGGCCGGCUCGCUGCGGGUCGAGGGUGAAGGUGGCGUCGCGUUUCGGGACUCCAUCCAGACGCCGCUGGUCCGUGCGGAUGCCGGCAAGGAUUUAAAGCUAGAGUCACCGACGCGAUCGCUGGAAGCGCGGGCCACUCAGGAAAUAUUCAUCCAGUCGCGGGCCGGCGGCAUCGAGACGACCUGUCUCAACGAUCUGAAGCUUCACUCAGUGGCCGGCAGUAUCCGGCUCGACUCGAGCGCCAUCUACAUGCCGAACCUGAAGACGGUGCAAACGGUGGUGGGCGGCGGCGGAGGUCUGCUGCCCGCCUCCGCCAGGGGCGACGGCGCGGGCAAGAUCUACCAGCUGUGCGCCUGCUCGAGCGGUAAGCUGUUCCUGGCGGCGCCCAACAGCGUCUGCACUGCCGACGAUAGCGCCAUCUGCAGGUAAUACUAGUGUCGGUGCAUGUCAUAAUCGCCACACGGGGGCGUGUUAGUAGCAGCAGCAGUAGUAAUGGCACAAAAGGUGGGGGGUAAAAACAGAGAACACAACACACACACACAUACACACACUAACAUACUCAGUUUAGGUUUACUCGAAUGCAGAAUCACACCGUUUCGCCCCUUCCCGUCCCCGAGUUGCCUUAACAGACACAGUUAAAAAAAAAAACAAAACACAAUAAGAUUGUUAAAGGUUCCCAGCCUGGUAGACACGCAUGGGCACCUGGUACAUCCUUGCAUGAGCUUACACUGGCGCUCGACGGAGAGGGAAGAUAGAGAGAAAGAGAGAGCGAGAGAGAGAGAGAGAGAGAGAGAGAGAGAGAAAGAGAGAGAAAUAAAGAGAGAGAGAGAGAGAGAGAGAGAGAGAGAUCAUCUGCAGAAGCCUUUUUUGUUUGUUUGCCAUCGCCAGCUAGAAGAGUUACCCACUCUGUCCCAUCUUUCCUCCCAGGAGCCUCAUCCCUCAAAUCCCCUACCCCUCCAUCACCCCUUUUGUACCCCCAUUCGCUGCUGUGCUUAACGGUGCCACAAAGAGGAUGGCAGGCGAAAAAGAUAAAAAUAAACCCCAAAAUAAAAUAAAAAAAAAGAUAAAGUAAAAAAGAAAAAUGUUAUACUCUAGCAACCAAUUAUGCGUACACUUAGAGGAACGAUUAUAUAUUAUAUAUACAUACCUUAGCAAUGAAAGAUAAGCGUUACAUAGAGCUAGGAGCGCCCACGGUGCGGGCCCGACGAUAUCAAUCAAUACCGUAUUAGAGUGUUUCAAAUUGUUCCGGCAACAAAACGAGCAGGCAGCGAGGAGAAGAGGGCGAACAAACAAAUUAAAAAAAAAAAAAAACAAGGGAAAUCAAAUCCGCAAGCUGGGGCAGGGUAGACAGCGAAGGUCAAGGGCGCAUAAUAGAUAAGAGCAAAUUUAAAUCAAUUAUCCCCAAGAUACAAUAUUCCCGCGAAGCGAGCCGCGAAGAAGGAGUUGAUCGCAUCCUUCUACCCCCUCCUCUUCCCGGUGAAAACGCCAUUUUCUUUUGCUGCUCGUACAAUAUAAGAUACAUAUCACUAACUGUAGCGUGUGUGUGUGCGCGCAAAACGAGAGCAACCUAAUGACAGAGAGAGAGAGAGAG